UCAGUGCAUCACGGCAGUGUGCAUUUAGCAGCAGCAUCCUACGCACCUGCACCGCUCACUAUCAGAACCGACGACAUUACAAUACUCAUCAUUUAAAAGAAAAUAAAAAUCCGGUAAAAAGAACUACAAGACAAGCUCGACUAAGGACGUUUCUUUUCUUUCUUUUUUCGUCCUUGCAGUUUUGGAUCUCUCCAUACAUUAGAUCGGACUUCCCUAUUCGACUUUUCAGGCAAAAUGGGGAAACAGAACAGCAAGCUGACCCCCGAGGUGAUGGAAGACCUGGUGAAGAAUACAGAAUUCAAUGAACAUGAACUGAAGCAGUGGUACAAGGGUUUCCUGAAGGACUGUCCCACUGGACGUCUGAACCUAGAGGAGUUCCAGCAGCUCUAUGUCAAGUUUUUCCCUUACGGUGACGCGUCCAAGUUCGCCCAGCACGCCUUUAGGACCUUCGACAAGAAUAGCGAUGGCACCAUUGACUUCAGAGAGUUCAUCUGUGCGUUGUCCAUCACAUCACGGGGCAGCUUUGAGCAGAAGCUUAAUUGGGCCUUCAACAUGUAUGACCUGGAUGGAGAUGGCAAGAUAACACGGGUGGAGAUGCUGGAGAUCAUCGAGGCAAUCUACAAAAUGGUGGGCACAGUGAUCAUGAUGAAAAUGAACGAGGACGGGCUGACGCCCGCGCAGCGUGUGGACAAGAUCUUUUCCAAGAUGGAUAAGAACAACGACGACCAGAUCUCGCUGGACGAAUUCAAAGAGGCGGCCAAGAGUGACCCCUCCAUUGUAUUACUCCUGCAGUGCGACCUCCAGAAAUAAGAUGAAGGGUGAGCGGAACAAACCCGACAAGACGCCAUCCCCGCUACCGCCACGGACUGCACAGAAAGAAUUUCAUGUUCCAUUCAGUUUGCAGCUAUUUCCACUGAACAAAUAACAGAAAAAAUGCUUGGACGACCUUUAA